GAUUUGAAAUCAGUCAGAACAAUUAAGAUAACACGUACACUGUACACACAAGAGUACACAUGCAUGAUACAACACACAGGACAUUCCAUGUCUGAAAAAACCUCAGCCAAAUUACAAAAACCCUACUUGUCUCUCUUCUACGUGAAUAUAUAUGCACAUACAUAACAUAUCAGCGGUAUUAUAUAUAAUACACAUCGCAGAGACCCACCUUCUUUAUUUCAGAGCAAAAAGAAGGAAGAAAGAAAGUAUAAUGGGAUCACUGGUUCAUGUCAAAGAAGCCACAGUCAUUACUCCUUCCGACCAAACACCUUCCUGUGUUCUGUCUCUCUCCGCCUUAGAUUCCCAGCUCUUCCUACGUUUCACAAUCGAGUACCUCCUCGUCUACUCACCCGUUUCCGACCCGGUUUCUCUCUCGGAUCGUCUCAAAUCAGCUCUCUCUCGCGCUCUAGUUCCUUACUUCCCUUUCUCCGGCCGUGUCCGUGAGAGACCCAACAGCGGCGGAAGUCUCGAGGUUAACUGCCGUGGCCAAGGUGCUCUGUUUCUCGAAGCCGUGACUGAUCACCUCACGUGCCUUGACUUUCAGAAAGCUCCCCGGCACGUGACUAGCUGGAGAAAGCUUCUCUCCCUCAGCGUCGUCGACGUCCUCGCCGGUGCGCCACCUCUCGUCCUCCAGCUCACUUGGCUCAGAGACGGCGGCGCCGCUUUAGCCGUCGGUGUCAACCACUGCCUCUCCGACGGGAUCGGAAGCGCCGAGUUUCUCACCUUGUUCGCCGAGUUAUCCAGAGACUCGCUGAGUCAGACCGAGUUGAAACGGAGACACCUCUGGGACCGCCGCUUGCUUAACCCGUCUCCGGUUCGCGGCUCGUUCAGCCAUCCCGAGUUCAACCGAGUUCCCGACCUUUGCGGGUUCGUCAACCGGUUCAACGCCGAGCGACUCGUUCCGACUUCCGUUGUCUUCGAGAAACAGAGACUCACAGAGCUCAAGAAACUCGCGAGUCGACUCGGCGAGUCCAGCACCAAACACACAUCGUUCGAGGUGCUCUCUGCGCACGUGUGGCGGAGCUGGGCGAGAUCGCUGAGCUUGCCGUCUAACCAAACCGUCAAGCUUUUGUUCAGCAUCAACAUCCGAGACCGAGUCAGACCGGUUUUACCCGCCGGGUUCUACGGUAACGCCUUCGUCGUCGGGUGCGCGCAAACCACCGUGAAAGAUCUGACGGAGAAAGGAUUACGCCACGCGGCGAAGCUGGUGAAACAGGCGAAGGAGAGAGUCGGAGAUGGUUACGUCAGAUCGGUGGUGGAGGCCGUGAGCAAGGCGAAGUGUCCUGACUCGGUGGGAGUCUUGAUAAUUUCGCAGUGGUCACGCCUCGGUUUAGAAAAGCUUGAUUUCGGUUUUGGUAAACCGGUUCACGUGGGAUCGGUUUGCUGCGACCGGUACUGUUUGUUGCUUCCGGUUCCUGAACGAAGUGACGCGGUUAAAGUAAUGGUCGCCGUUCCGUCUAGCGCCGUUGACUCGUACGAGAAUCUUGUGACGAGACCUAACGCUUAAUUAGAGAAUAUAUAAAUUCCAAUUUUCACUAUUUAAUUUUUUGAAAAUAAAAUGAGGAAGUCUCCCUCCAUUGACGUAUAAUAUAGUUUUGACUUUAUCAAUC